AUGGGCGACAAAGAUUCCAAAGAGCAAGUCAAAAAGCUGUACAGAGAGGCCAGAACAUACAUUAUCAUUGAGAUAAACUCCGACAAACCGCUGGUAGCAAAAGCUUCUCCAGAGGAGCUGGCAAGAAGGGUGAAAGCACUGAUCCCUCCCAGACCUUCACCUGUAGCUGGUCCCAGCCGAUCAGAAAGAGUAAAAACAUUGACACAGUGCUACGUUGAACUUUCAGUGGCUAUACUUUCAGAGCAGUAUGAAGAAUUACGUGGAGCAAGUUCCGGCCUGCCGCAAGACCAUAACAAGGAGCAAAUGAUGACUCAGCUGAUGAGUUCCCUCAAUAUCUCCGGGAAGUAUUUCGCCUUGAAAGAGCAGAUAAAGCAUGCAGUAGUGAGGAUUGUACGUGACAAGAUGCAUCGGACAGAGCCCUUCACUGACCCUCAGGAGCUGAAGCAAUUUGUCAGCAAACUCUAUGUCUACUUAGUGGAAGAAAUGCAGCUAGCCCUCAACAAAAUUUACAGCCCUGUUGAUGAAGUUGAUGAAGAUAGUACAGAUGAAAUCCCCUUGCAUUCCUCCCAGCUUAGAUCUUUUGCCAGAGAGGCACAGCUCACUGGGAAUUAUCAGCAGGCUGCUCAGUACUACCAAGAGACUAGUAAAAUAAGUGGUCUAAAAUGUGUGAGGCAUCCCCUCGAAGCAUCCCUUAAGUUUGAGUGGGGUUGUCUGCACAUGUGGUCCAAAGACUACUUGAAAGCAAAAGAGUGUUUCUGGGAUGCUGUGUCAAUGGACCAAACUGACCGACCCAGCCUGAUGAUGUGUGGGGUCUUGGAAGUGAUGUUUGAUUGUUACAACGAAGCCAUGACGCUCCUGGAACGAGCUGCUAGCAUAGACCCGCCCAGUGUGGUGGCCUGGACGCUUUUGGGUUUGCUCCACCAAAGACAAAAUGAAUCCAUUUUGGCUGAGAGAGCCUUCCUGGAAGCCAGAAGGCUACUGAAGGAAGAUGAAGCACAGAAGAAUACACACAGUGAAGAAGGGGAAAAUGACAAGGAGAAAAUAGACAAGACCCAGGAGGCGUCUCCCACUGCUGAGCAAGAUGUUUCGGACCAUGACUCAAAGGAGCAGAAAGAUUAUCCUGUGCAAGAUGAGGACUACAAAUCAGCUGCAGCUAAACUCACCACUACCAUUUACACAGACACAGCUCAGUUCCUGCUGCAGAACAAUGCCCUGCAGAUGGUGGAACAUGUUUUGUCCCAGGAGCUGUUAUCCUCUGUAGGGGGUUGCACUGUUUCCUACCUCCAUCAUCGGGCCCAGUUGCAACUGCUCAGAGGUGACUACAGCAGUGCUGCUGCCAGCCUUAAAGAGCUACUGUCCUACAGAGAUCAGGAUGUUGACAUCUGGGCUUUGAAUGGUCACUGUCACUACUUGCAAGGUGCGUUGUCUGAAGCCCAAGACAGUUAUGAGUGGAGCCUCAACUUUCCAAAGCAGCCAUCAGACAUCCACAUUGUCCUCCUCCGCCUGGGAUCCAUUUACAUUAGGCGCGAGAAGUUUGAACAAGCCAAAGUCAUCUACCUGCAGGCUUGUGAGCUGUCUCCAUCAUGCCUGACCUGGCUGGGCUUGGGGACUGUCUGUUAUAGGUUGGGGGAGCUUUCUGUAGCUGAGGAAGCGUUGACUGAGGCUAACCAUUUGAACAGAGAGAAUGCAGAAAUGUGGGUUUACCUUGCUCUAAUCUGCUUCAGGUCUGGCAGACAAGAUCAAGGAGAAGAGUGUUAUAAAUAUGCAUUAAGGUUCAACUUGCAAGAUGACUCACUCGCUAAAGAGAUCAAUGAACUCCAGCACGAGCUCCGCUUCAGUCCUCUGGCAUCAUGCUUCAAAACGAAUGCUGAAGCAGAAGCUUAA